AUGGGUAACAAAGCAUCCGUUCGUGAUGUGGUAACUACAGCUUAUCAAGCUGAUCGCGACGAGGGUUCUUAUCUGCCGCCGCUUGAUUUGGUAAAGUAUUUCAACGCCGAAUCAAGAAAAGCCGCUCUGGAAACAAAAAUCAAAGAUGGCGACGACCUUGCCACUCCUCUCAUCGUCGCCGCUCGUGAUGGAAAACUGGAUGUUGUGAAAUUUCUUUUACGUUAUGAAGCAAACAUCGAGGGCCGUGGAACGAUUAAGAUCUAUGGACAAGUUAUAGAGGAUUGUACAGCUUUGUGGGUCGCUGCUGCCAAAGGUCAUUUUGAUGUUGUGAGACUCUUAAUCGAACAAAACGCCGAAGUCGACCGCAGAACAUCGAACGAUUCGACUCCUUUGAGAGCUGCUGUCUUCGAUGGACACCUUGAUAUUGUGCGCUAUUUGGUUGAGAACGGGGCCGAUGUAAAUGCACGCAAUAAUUUCAAUGGUACUCCUCUGAUGCUAGCAUGUCACAAUGGCCACCUGGAUGUUGCUUCCUAUCUUGUCGAACACGGCGCAAGCAUUAAUCUACAAGACAACGAUGGAUACUCGUGUCUUCAUUAUGCUUCGAAACAGGGUCAUGUUCUGUUAGUUUGUAGGUUGCUCGCUUUAGGAGCGAAACAAACACAAACACCCGACCGUUUAACACCACUUCUUGACGCCAGUAAUGAUUGUAAAAUUGAAAUGGUGGAGUGUUUCAUCAAACGACCCGAAUGUUCAAAGGAACAAAGAAUUGAUGCUCUUGAGCUUCUUGGAGCCACCAUUGCUAAUGAUUCUAAAGCUUAUGACAUUGAAAAAGCGUUUAGUUUCAUGAAGCGAGGAAUGGAGGAGAGGUAUGAGGACCCGUCAUGUCCUUUGCUUAAAAAGAAAAUGGAACCAGUGGAGGCUUAUCAAAAUAGGACAGAGAGUCAAACUCUUGAGGAACUUUCUCUCUUAGAAGGUGAUAAUCAUGCUAUCCAGAUGGAGGGACUUAUGAUUAGAGAGAGAAUCUUGGGAACUGACAAUACAAUACUACGGUACCCGAUACGUUACCGAGGAGCUGUCCUUGCUGAUUGUAAGAAGUACGAACUCUGUGUUGGUUUGUGGACACGAGCGAUGGAGAUAGCUAUGAAUUGCAAUGUUCCAAAAACAAAGGAACUUGAAGACCUCACAGAUCUAUUUGCACACAUGAUACAGAAAGGUCACAGUCUGAGUUCACAAACUAUCGAGAACAUUUUUGAAAAACUUAUCGAUGGAAAAAGGAAACUGUCCGAAAAGUUGAAGAGUGGAGAAUUGGAAGAAGAGCAAAAAAAUGAGGCGCAAGAGACAUUGCUUUUUAAUGCUCUAUAUCUCUUGGUGAUGUACACCAAAGUUCAAGUCUCCUCGGAAAUGAAAAAUGGCAACAUGAUUGACCUUCUUCAAAGAUUUCUGUGUUUAGAACCUCGCACCCGUGAUGGAAAUACACUUUUGCACUUGGCUGCAUGGCAUAAGACUCCUGUUCCUAGAGACACUGUAGCUAAUUGGCGAGGUGUUUGCGAACUUCCCUGUGUUAUGACCAUGAAGCUAAUUUUACAUGCAGGGUGUGAUGUGAAUUCCGUUAAUGCCCAAGGAAACACUCCUCUUCAUUUAGCCGUUACUUUUGUACCAGAACCUGAACAAGUAGAAAUUUUGAAAGAAAUGCUGGAGUUGUUGUUAGAUCUGGGCGCAGAUACAAAGCUUGUUGACAAGAAUGGUCAAACAGUUAUGGACUGCUGCGAGACUGACGAUGCCCGAUGCAUCCUGUCUGCGAAAGGAAGACUGGGUGCCAUGAACAUCGAGGCCGGAAAGGUAAGAAAGGUUCGAUUU